AUGAUGGACCCCGAGGUGAGAGCCGUAGCUCGCCCUUGCAGGCUUUGCAUCGCCUCUUUAACCGCUGAUUCACAACAUGAUCGCAGUGCGAAUGCAAAGGCCAAGGCGGAGGCUGCUGGCCCGAAGAAGUCUGCUGCGCUUCCCUCAGAGGUUUCGCUUGCCAUUGAACGUCGUUAUCAACUUGCUUACUCGGCCGCAAAGGCCCACAGCAACGUCACAAAGGCCAGCAACGCCACGCCUGCCUCGGCGUGCCGCAAUGCCGUUCAAGGCGAAGCAUGCUACAACGCAGUCCUGUGGCACAAGUGGAUCGGAGUCGUCGAGAACCCUGGGGGCUACCCCCACGGUGUCUGGAGGGGUUCGAACCGCGCGACCAUUCAGCAGUGGCUCCACGACACGAAGCAGGCGGAGUGCCCGAAGCCGUGCUUCGACGAGGCAUAUCCCGUCCCAGCGAAGAAGGCCAAAGGGUCGCCAUCCAUCUAUUGCUUCUCAGUGGCCCGGGCGGGAACCGAGAUCGACACCAUGUACAUGCAGCGCCAGUCCGGGACUGGCAUCUUCGCCUGCGAUGGGCAUGCCGUCUACAGCAACACGAAUACCACCAUCGACGGCAUCAGGACGAUCCCUAUCGGAAAUACAGAUUCAGGACUGUCUGUAGACCACACGGCUGCGAAUUCGCAGGUGUUCAUGAGGACAUGGAUGACCUUAUUGAACAACAACGAGUGGUGGCACUACGACUUUAUCGCGAAGGUGGAUCCAGAUGCCGUGCUCUUUCCGGAGCGCAUGCGCGGUCACCUCAGCUGGCACGUUGGCCAGCCCGUCUUUUUCCUGAACUGCGCGAAGUGGCACCCGAUGAUGUACGGAGCUCUGGAGGUGUUUUCCAAGCAGGCCCUGGGACGUUACCUGGCGCAGCACGGGAAGUGCGAGAGCGGAUUGCCCUUCUGGUCCUGGGGUGAAGACAAGUACAUGGGCACCUGCUUGGAGAUCCUGGGAGUUCAGGCCCAGCCUGACUAUGGCAACUUCUUGCACGACGAACGCUGCUGGGGAGUGGACUGCGGCAACAAGGCCGCAGUGGCCUUCCAUGCGUUCAAGGCCGUGAACAGCUGGUACCGAUGCUUCCUCGCUUCGAGCUAG